GGACCUUGUCUGACCACCAGUACCAGAUGGCUGCUGUGUGUCCUCCAACACCGCGAUUGGCUCCGGGCCAGGAUCCUUUUCAGGACCUGGAACCACUGGAGUUGCCACCUCUGGAUGACGAUGAAGCUCCAGCCAAGGUCUGCAGUGUGGCGCCAAAAGCUCCAAGGCUAAGUCCUGCGACCGUGCCGUUUGAGAAUUGCACUAUUCCUGAGCUUUGGCUGCCAGAGGCUGAGAGCACUGAUGAUGAAUGCAAUGACUAUGAGGUUGCGGAGAGCAUCACUGGGUUGAAAUUGGGGCCCAGCUGGGAUUUGCAGAAGGUUUCGUCCUGUGGAUACAGAGGCGAGCGCUUCUCAGUUCAGCUCCCAAGUUCGGUGUGUUCCACGCGCUGUUCGUCCCCGGGUGGGCUAUCUAAUACCGAUUCGCCAUGGCCAGCCAACUGUGACCAUCCUCGAGAGUCCAUGCCUGUGGCGUUUGAGCUCUUGGUAUCUGGAGGCGCUUGAGCUACGGAAGGGAUCGUUUGGAAGGUCUUUUGGACACCAGGUCUGAUCAUGCUUACAGAGGACCAAAGAGGACCAAUAUCAAUCAAUAUCAACAUAGUAUAUUUCAAAAUUCCAGCCCCUGUGAACCUGGGUGCUGCCCUGUGGGCACCAGUUUGGCGGCCAGAUAAAGGAUCAUUUCCAUUCCUGCCAUCGAUGCAGAAGUGAUGCGGCGUGAAGGUGAGUUGCAAUGGAUCGGGAUGAUUCUUACAUAAAUAUCCUCAGGUUGUUGUCCC